GUUUUACACAGUGACAGACGGUAAAACACCCAGGUAUAACCUAUGACGUCACUGAGGUAACUCUUCACUCCAGUGUUGCUGCGCGAGAAGUUCCUGGUUGUCAUUUAACAUUAUAUGUACACCUGGAGGGGGUAUCUGUCACAAUGUCCUGUAAAGGCGGAAUGAAGUGCUGCCGGGUGUGUGGGGGUGGUCUCCAGGGUAACCAGAGGCGAUGGCUCUAUGGAGGCCAAGACCGGAGAGGUGGUGGUCGUCCCCAGACUCCUACAGAGUCUCUCUCCAGAGGAAGUGUCUCAAAGUCAUCUCAAAGCAGCCCCUGGGGUAGCACUACAUCUCUUGCGUCCUCAGUUUCCAUCUCAAAAUUCCAUACCUCGCUCACCCCUACUAAAGGAAUAGACCUUCUGUCCAUACUCACACACAUAUUGGGGCAGUCUGUACCCAGAGGCAGCGGACAAGAGGAGUUUUUGUGCGGAAAAUGUGUGUCAGUUUUAGAGCGAGUGUUCAAAUUUGACACAGUGAUAGCCAGAGUGAGAGUGUUGUCAUCUGAGAGGCUGCAGAAGUUGUACCAGGAGAGGGAUAAGAUCAGACAGUGGGUACGCAGUGCAUACCGCCAGCACCACCCUCAUGGCUUCAGAACUGAGAGCAACACUAGUGAAGAGGAUGGAGGGGAGGAGAAAGAGGGUUACAGAGAUAUGCUUACGGAGAAUAUGGUUCUUUCAGAGUUUGAAUGCUGGUCUGAGAAGUGGGAACGGUGCACAUUUUUCAGGAGAACCGGUAAAAAAUGCAAGGAAGGUAAAAAUUGCGAGGGAUGUGAUUCACUGAGGGUCUCUGAUUCAGAUUAUGAGUCUGUUUGUGGCGUUCCCCGUUACCUGCCAUUCCAAGCCUUCUCCCCAUUUGCCUCAUCACGAGUAAAGUCACAGAGCAUGCCUCUUCAUUGGUCAAGAAGGCCUUCACUCAGUUCCAGCGCAGCUUCACUGGUCGGGUCCAGCCUGUCUUUACAAGUGCCUUCGUCCAGCCAAUCUGUGGACUCGCUAGAUGGUAAUGAUUGUUUGGAUUGGUGUGUUGAUCAGUCUUUCAACCUAGUAAGGGUGCUUCAAGAUCUGAAGAGUAUUGAGAGAAAGCCAGUCACUUCACCAUCAGGAAGUAGAAUCCCUGUUUUGGAAAGGAAGGAAGAGAGAAAUACAGGGGAGGCUGAAGAGGUGUCAUCACCAAUUGUGACAAGGGCUUUGAAUUUUGGAGACGGGGAGGAUGAAGAAAACGUAGAUGAACUGAAUGGAGAGAGAAGCGAUCUUCUAACAGAUGAGUUUAUUCCCUUACAUACAGAGCACAUAACAGGUAGAAUGCAUCUUGCAGUCAGCCAGUUGAGAAGACAGCUGGUUCAGGCCAUGGCCCGUAUCAACACUCUAGAGAUGGAGCUGAAACGUGGACAGAAACCUACAGCCAAUAGUGAUGACAACAAAUCUGUGGAUUCUGAAACAACUGAAGGUGGGGACCUGCUGCUCCACAGCAUUAGACACACUCUUCACAGCAGGGAACAAAUGAUACAUAAAGUUCUGGAGUCUUUACAGUCAGAGAUGAGUGAGAGGGACAACAGAACGGAUGGAGAGAUUGAGGAACUUAGGAAGAUUGGGAAGGACAAAGAAAUGGACAUCAACAUACUAAACACUGUGCUCCAUUGUAACCAAGAUAUCAUAAAUGAGUUGCGAGUAGAGCUAGCAGAGAAGGAACAAAUGCAAAAGCAAGUUCAGAAAGAGAGGGAGGUCUGGAGACAGAGAGAGCAAACCCUGUCUGCAGUCAUCCAGGAGAAAGAAGAACUUCUGCAUUACCAGAAGGAGGUGCUAGAGAGCUGUCAGAAAGAUGUGCAGGCUCUUUCUGAUUCUGUGAUUGGUCAUGGAAUGUCAGGGGGCAGGGCUGAGGGGGCUGUAGCCAGUCAGCUACAAGACAAGGAGGCCCUUCUCACAGUUUGGAUCAAGGGCAGAUUUGAGCAGAGUGCCACCUUGUGUCAAGAGGUCACCAAGCUCACCACUGCCCUGAAUGACUACCAAAACAUGGUGCAGGAGCAACAGGAAACCCACAGUAAGACGCUGUCCUUUCUAAAGGAACAGCUUUGCGAAACUCAAAAUAAGCUGAGGGAGAGAUGUAAGGAGAACAAGGAGGUGGAGAAAGCCUGGCAGAAGGACAAGCAGGACAGGGAGAGGAAAGAGUGGAAACUGAAGGACAGCCUGGAGAUGAGGAACAAGCUUAUUGAGCAAGUUCUCCUGGACUCUGAGGAGCGGGAUCACUUGCUUCAAGAGCUGCAGCAGAACCUUCUGAACAACUGAACAAUGACUGCCGUGAAACAGGCCUUAUGAGACAGAACGAGGGAAAGAAAAAUCAAACUACUUGCACUUUUUGCACCAGAGGUAGUUAACAUUGUGGUUGAUCACAUUCGUUUUUUUGUUUGUUUCAUUCUAGCAUGCAGGUUGCAUUGGCAACUUCCCCUUUUUUUGUUUGGCAUGGACCAAUGGGAAAAUUUGGUAAUUUGCUCAAUUGUUCACGUGUCAUAAGUCAUAGCAUUUGGAGUAUGGGGAAAUGUUUGGCCUAAAUACAACUAUUGCUGGGGGAUCAUGUGUGACUCAUUUGAUUUCAUGUACAGAAGCCUGGGUUUAUUGUUAAUUGAUUCUCCAUUGUCUGUAUGGUAUAUUAAAUGCUGCCAAGUUCCAUGCACAAUCAUGAAGUUGUUGUUAUUUGUGAUUUUUUCAUUGUCAUUUUGUUCAAAGUUGUAAAUUUUCUUUUAACAUUUGUUUACAAGGUAUCAGGCUUAAUACCAUUUGUAUGAAAAGGUUUAUACAUUUACCCACAAAUGUAUUCUGGUUUGUGUACAAUCCAGCUCCUCCUCUGCAUAAUGCUUAAUAUAUGUAUUCUGGGUUUAUUAUACUGGAAAUGUACUAUUGGUGCAAUAAUAAACAUUUUAAUCCAAGAGAAAUAAACACCUCUAAUCCAAACUC